AUGUUGCUUGAGCUGCAGCGGAGUUGCAUUCCGCGCGCCAAGGAUGCGGCGCGUGACCCGCGACACGGGCUCUUGGGACAGCUCCGGCGGUGGCCAAACACCUUGCGCCACCUACUCGACAUCUGCGCUCGCACGGCGCGCGAGGUCGCUCCGCCGUGGAGCGUGCUCUACAUGCUCAUCGACGAGGAAUGGCUUGAGCACGGACUCGUCGGUGGGAUGAGCUGGCCCGUCGUCCUGUGGGUGUGGGACCAGUGCGCGCUGAUGGGUUGGGAGGCUCUCGCCGGAAUCGCGGCCGAUUGUGUGUGGCUGCUGCGGAGGCAGAUCCGACGGCUCGACAAGGCUGGAGGCGGCGCCGAGGACCUGAGGCACCUCCUUGCGACUGGCCUCAGGGACGUGACGCUGCCUUCACUCCAGGCGCUACACUCUGCGACACACCGUCCGUCCGACGUGCCAGGGCCAAGUGCUGAUCAGCUACCUGCGGAGCGUGCGGCGAGGCUGCGAAGCGCCGCGAUCGCCUCUGCGCCGCGGCCAAAGGUUGCAUUUCGCAUACCAGUUGCGGCGACGUGA